AUGGCGAAGGUGGCGAAGUUCGUAGAGCAAGUGAUUACCAAGCUGGCUAAUGCUGCUGAGGAGGACAUGGAGCUUAACAGACAAUCCAAGCCGGCCACCAGCAAGCUGAAAAUGCUCGAAUUUUUCGUUGGAGUGGCUGAGAAGCGAUUCUACCAUGCCCACUUGUUUGAUAAGGGUGUAUUGAUGCUUCUUGCUGCUUGGCUCAAGCCGCUUCCAGAUGGGUCAUUGCCCCAUGCCAUGAUUCGCAGCACAAUCUUCACAAUCUUGCUUGAGAAGAUGCUAAUUGAUUUGGAUGAUGAGACGAGAAAGAAGCAGUUGGCGUGGAGCGGGUUGGGAAUGUUAGUAAAAUAUUUUUUAGAGCACAAAGAAGAAACACAUGAGAAUAUAGUGCUAACUAAGGGGUUGAUUGAGAAGUGGAGCUAUGUGAUUUUUGACACAGGGAUUUCUCAAAGCAAGGUCGUCCAUGAUGAAACAAUUGAUAAAGUUUCUUCUCCAUCGAAAAAGCAACCAGCAAUAGCGGUUGUGGAAGAAAAUUCAGGGUCACUGCCAUCUCCAAAAAAGAGAAGAAUUCCACCAAUUAUAGCUCCCCAGCCCAUGACCAUGAAUUUCUCUAUUCGUCCGAAGUCCAGAGAAGUGAUUGGAGAGAGUAUAAUGCAACGUGGAGCAAUGGAAUUCAAGAGGGCAAGGAUAAACAAGUCCAUGAAGUGA